GCUCUGGGGGCGCCAUCAGCCACACCGCGGCAGUGAAAGGGGGGCGCCAUCCUAUGCUCACCAGCGCGUUAACGAGGGGAAAUUGAUUUGAACGAUGAAGGUGUCGGUCAAAGAGGACGCUAUAGUGUAAAGAGGCUUUAAAGUCCCUGUGUGACGUGGCGGUAAGAUGACGUGAUAAAGCACACCCUCCAGCCUAAUCUAACCCCCUAAACUUGGGUUAUGCAAAUUUCUUCGAUUCCCUGCUCACUUUACGAGUUUCAUCGGUGAUCAAGUUACUCUUAUUCUCAUCAUUCCGGGGUGGACCUUUAUUGAGCUUGGAGUCAUGGAUUCAGAUCACACAGGAAUUGCUGUUGUUUUAAUGGGAGUUAGUGGCGCCGGAAAAUCAACUAUAGGCGAACUGCUUGCAAAAGCUCUAAAUUGUAGCUUUAUUGAUGCUGAUGACUUCCAUCCACAAUCAAACAAAGAGAAGAUGAAGAAGGGGAUUCCUUUGUCGGAUGAAGACCGGACCCCAUGGCUUGAAGUGCUUCGGGAUGUUGUGAAUGCAAAUUUGGUCAGUGGCAAGACUGUAAUUCUUGGGUGUUCUGCCCUCCAAAAGCAGUACAGGGAGAUUCUUAGGUCAGCUGACCCGAAUUAUCGAGCGGGUGCAUAUGACCUGUGUGUUGUGAAGUUUGUUCUGUUGGAUGUUGGGGUCAAUGUGCUAAUGGACCGGGUUCAGAAACGAGCUGCAGAAGGGAAGCAUUUUAUGCCGGUUGAACUGCUGCAGUCUCAAAUAGAUUUGCUUCAGGUUGAUGAGUUUGAAGGGAUAUUUAAAGUUGAUGCGUCAUUGAUUCCUGAAGCUAUUGUGGACGGCAUAAAAGGAUGGCUUUUUUGAUCAUGAAUAGCAUCGAGGGGUUGGUAUUUGCUUAUAGAUAUUCGUCGUGUAUAAUUAUUUUGGUAAGAAACGGUGAAUUUUAUAGAGGGUCGUUAAUCAUUUAAUAUAUAAUGAAUUUGAAGUA